AUGACCCUCGGGGUGGCAGCCGGAGCACUCCCAGUCAUCACACUUUCAAACGGCCAAAAAGUCCCCACCGGCACUGUCGGCGCCUUGCUGAUGAACAUCAAAACAUACGAUGAAGCAAACGAGGCGCAACGAGUUGAGAUCAAGCCCUCGAUUCAAGCGGCUAUUCCUACCCUAUGCCAAGUCGGUCUGUUUGAUCUUUUUACCCCCGAGGAAUGGGCAUCAAAGCGCAGCCCUGGUCGGAGCCUAGUGGGCAAACUAGCCCAAGACUACGUAAUGUAA